AUGGCAUCAACUUUGACGCCGAUUGCCACGCCGGCGCUUCUAGCAUCGAUACGGAGUCGGCCGCAUGUACCAAAGCAUGCUUGGUACUUCGUUGCUGCCACGACAUUGGCUAUACUGAACCGACCAGAUGAAAUACCGCAGGUCUAUCAGCAUGUCAUGACACAUGGAGUCGGUCCUGAAGACAUCAAGCCGGACCCGGAUGAACAACGUGAGAUUUUAAGAAAGCUACGGGAGGCGCUCAUCAAAGCAUCCGCGGUUGGAGGUAUGCCCAAGACGAUCAAUUCAUUGAUGGAGCUCAAAAAGGUCACGCCUCAGCAUCUUCUGGAUGAGCCGCGAGAAUCUGACAGCCAUAUAACUUCUUCUCCAACCGCACGACAUGUGGACAUGUAUGAGACACCUCCAUCCGAGGUCCUGCAGCGAGGUCAUGACUUCUGGAACCUCAUAUACGGCAAGAUAUCAAAACGCAUCUUGAGUCAGAUGGACAGAUGCGGCACAGAGGACCUAGGCCUGACUGUCCGUCUGAUGUAUGGGCACAUUCUGAGCAAUACUAACGUGCUAUCGCCCGUGGAGACGUCGUACGUCCUCAUUGCUGGACUUAUACCACAGGAUGUGAACCCUCAACUCAAGGGACACCUCCGAGGCGCAAUCAAUGGCGGUGCUUCUGUCGAGGAGGUGAGGGCCGUCAGAGGUAUCGUCAUGGACAUUUGCGAAGCUUCGGGCAUGAGGCGGCUUAGUGACGAUGGCUCGGGUGGGCUGGGAUGGCGAUCCGAGGUGGCCACUGUGUGA